AUGAGAUGAGAACAAAAGAUGUGUGGCGCGUGUUAAUCAAGCUAUUUCUCUCUUGUGUUAACAAACAAGCCACUUUGUCUUCCUUUGUCAUCCGUCCCACAGAUUAGCCGGAUUAAAAUCACGCGGAAGGCAUUUUCCAUACCAAGGAUGAGAAACUGCAGCGUUUAACAUGCUCCAACACCUUCCAUCAGGAUUGCUGGUGCUGCUGGAGUCUCCACAGACAUUUUCCAUGCUGGAUAACCAACAUCAUGCUUUUAACCGCAGAAGAACCAGGACUGAGUAGCACAUAGCUACCAGAACUUUAUGUUUUGGGAAUGUCCCCAAGGCUUCUGGAUCUUUUGUGCUUAAGUAUGUGAGAGAUCUGUGACCGAAUAGCAGACAUUCAAAUAGGAAAAACAAGGAUCUUUCUUUAAAGAUGCUCCAAACUGGAAACUACUCCUUGCUGUUGCUGAUCCAGUUGUCUCUGCUGGCAUAUGACCUUUUUGUUAACGCCUUCAGUGAACUUCUGAGGGGGGCGCCUGUCAUCCAACUCGUGCUUUUCAUCAUCCAGGACAUUUCCAUCUUGUUUAACAUGAUCAUCAUCCUGCUGAUGAUGUUCAACACCUACGUGUUCCAGGUGGGCCUCGUCUCUCUGCUGCUGGAGAGGUUCAGAGCUCUGCUGCUGUCUUCGGCUCUCUACUUAACCCUCAGCAUCUGCUUUCACUGCUGGGUUUUGAACCUCAGAUGGCUUGGGUCAAAUCGGUUUGUUUGGACAGAUGGUCUUCAGUCUCUGUUCGUCUUCCAGAGAACAGCGGCUGUGUUGUAUUAUUACUUAUACAAACGCACAGCGGAGUACAUGGGAGAUCCAAGGCUGUACGAGGACUCUCUGUGGCUGCGGGACGCUUUCGCCAGAGCUCGCCAAUGAAAACCCGGAGUUUUGAGAGAAAGCAAAAGAAAAUGUUGAGGCGGAACACCUACACAUGCAGUGCAAGAUGGGGCAGACCAUCUCACUUUAUGAACAAAACGCUCAUUUCUCACAUUGCAAAGCGCUGGAAAGGACAUGAAAGUGACUGAAUUCUUCAAGCGAGGCCGACAGGAAGCCGUGCAUGUUUGCUCCUUCAAACUGGCACACAGGCAGUUAAAAAGGUUUAUGCUGGCAGGUAAGCCAAGGGUGGCACAUGUAGUAUUGCAUUAAUCGGGAUUGAGUCGGUUAAUCUAUGUGGCCUUGCAAAACACUUUGGAUUAAACCCUUUAUACGAAUGAAAGGAAUAUUACAAGUUUAGAAAAUAACUUUAAUACAAAGGUUUUGUCUGUUUUGUUUUUGCAAUUGUGAUCUCAUUGUAGAAAAACUCAUUGAGGUAGUUUUGUUGUUUCUCACAAUAAAAGACAUUUUUACCUUUUA